GGGUUAAAUUGAUUUUUGAAAGGAGGCCAUGCACUUUAGUAUAACAAAUUCUCGCCAAGAUAUGAAGCCGUAUUUAGAUUCAGAUUAUUCCAUCAGUCGCAAUUUGCGUCAGAGACAUAGAAAAAAAGGAGUUUCUAACGAAUACUCAAAUUAUUUAGAUUCCGAAAAUAAAAAAAAAGGCAGAAAGAAAUGUCAAAAUAGCGCAUAUGAUGAAUACGGAAAUAUUCGCUCAAACGGUCUGGACAUAUGCGACUGUAUGAAUCAAGAAUGUGAUGGUUGCUGGUAUAAUUGCCGAAGUUGUGGCUCUACCAGGUGUGGUCCCCAAUGUCGCUCGAAUCGAAAGUUUUUUUAUGAGGACAUAACAUAUGACGGUAAAGAUUUAAAUAUUCAAAAUAAAUAUAUACCAAGAUAAAGUUAAGCAAAUCACAUGUAUUAAUUAAAUAUUUGUAACUUAAUAUAAGUAUUAAUGAACAGCCAAACGAGCAUUAAACUAUCAUUCAGACGAAAUACAUCACAUAUAACAAUUCUUAACAAAGUUAUUGCUUCAGAAAAAUACAUUAUGUGCUAAUUGAAAGGAAAUGAUUCCAAAAAUAAAGUAAAUUCUUCAGCAGCUAUGGUGAAGACUUAUUGUACUUGUACUUAUUUUGCGUGCUUUAUCAAUUGUUAUACACUUUUAUUAUUGCUACCGUAUAAGUAUAAGUACAUUUUUGAUGGUAUAAUAAUUAGUCGACUGUAAAAACAGUUAUACAAAGGUGAAAGAUCAAAAUAGGGCGGUUCGAUUCGCGAAAUGGUGCGAGAUUGUCCUCUGCAUAGGACCGCUUGCAAGAGAUAGUAGAAUAGUACGUCGUGCCAAAGGUGCUGAUAACCGAACACGGAGUUAAGUUAAUAAGCAAGGCGUUCAAGAGCUUCAAGCGUAUAGGAGCUGGGGAGCGACACAAUCUAACGGCUUCAUACAACCCACAGGAGAACCCGACGAAAAGCGCCAAUAGUACCGUGAUGAAAUUAAGGGAAAUGUGCACGCUGGUCCGGUGAAGUAUAAAAUCUCACCGUCACCGGUGAACAAAAGACACUAGAAUAACAAGAUGCGUAACGCCAUACGAUUUUUUGGCACACGAUUUUUUCGCCGUGGCUCUAGAGGUGGCUCCAGGCUCUCUCGAAUUUUUGUUCGAGAGCGAGAGAGCGCAUACAGGGAUAGCAGACAACUGUAUGUGUGCACACAUAUGCUCAUGCAUUGUAAAUUUGACAAAAUAUGCCCUUCACCUUCAAAGUUCUUUGACUUUAAAUCUAUA